GAAAGGCUCUCAAGUCUCACCCAUGCGAAAGGCCUGGUGAGCUCUAGCUACGUGGUAGCAAGGCUCAGAGAUUCGACUCUCAAGCGAUCUUAGUCCUUGGCUAUAGCCGUUGUAGCUAUUGCCGUUCGUGCUUUUGAGAUAAAAGUGCCCAGAGUGUUCAAGAAAAGAAGCUUUGGAUAGAAAAGCCAAUAUCAACUAUCAAACUAGUCAGUAGGAUUUCAGCACGAAGAAAUCAACAUGGCGGUUACCUAUCCGACAGUCUCACCACUCCGGUGCGGUUUUCUCUCGCCGCCAGCAAAGAAGUUCCUGGCGGAUGCUAGAGAAGGAGAGAAACUCACCAUGCCGUCGCUGUCUUUCUUGAUCUUGCAUCCUUCGACCGGGUCCAAGAUUGUGUUUGACUUGAGCAUUCGCAAAGACCUGACCAAGUACCAUCUCGGCCUGCAGAAGCACCUGACAACAAGACAUCCACUUAGCAGCGAGAACGAUGUGAAGUCGGCUUUGUCACUAGGCCACAUGGAUGCCUCGGAAGUGGACUACGUGGUAUUGAGCCACUGCCACUGGGAUCACAUUGGUACGCCUUCUGAUUUCACGUCUGCAACGUUCAUUGCUGGUCACAACACGGGGAAGAUGCUCAGGAAUGAGAUGGGGCCCCAGUUUUACAACCCGUUCUUCGAGGCCGACUUGUUGCCAGCCGACCGAACGGUCGAGCUGCCGGCCGUCCCGAGCUCGAGAACUGGUGAGGUCUUCGACGAGAAGCGUGGAUGGUAUUGGCAAAGUCUCAGCCCGGUUCAAAAUGCUGUUGAUAUGUUCAACGAUGGCACCGUGUACCUCGUCGACAGUCCAGGCCACUUACCUGGUCAUUUGAACCUACUGGUACGGAUUUCGGCACAUAAAUGGAUUUACCUUGCUGCCGAUGCAUGCCACCAUGUGCGCAUACUCAAAGGCGAGACGGACUUCGGGACCUGGAAGGACGACCAAGGACAGACAGUCACCAUCCAUAAGGACCUCGGGGCGGCCUACAAAACAUUGAAUAUCAUGCGAAAGCUCCAAAAAGAGGGUCUCAAUGGCGUACCAGUGCAAAUUGUUCUAGCACACGACGGAGAGUGGGAGGAAAAGAACUUGCAGCACUUCUUUCCCAAUCAUCUGUGAUCUCAUGGAGUGGUCUACGCAGCCGGUUUCU